AAAGGGACCAACUCAAAAGGUGUAUCAGUUAGAAAUUACUCAUGGCAAAUGAAAACAAAGCUAAAGAGUCUAACAGUGAAAAGGAUGUUCUACAUAGUGGUAUUGGAGAUAGAUUUCGAAAUUAAGAACUGCCUCAUUUAUUGGAAAAUGUUGCCAGUAAAUAAAGUUGUAGGAAACAAAGUAAAGAAAGCAACUUCACUCCCAUCUUCACAAUCAGAAAUGGAAACAGUACCUACUGCAGAUCCCUCUAAUAUUGAAUCUAUAGAUUUAACAAAUGAAGUAGAAUUUUUAUCUGCAGUCAUAGCUACAAAAAGCAUGGGUACUGCGUUAAAAGGAGUAAAAAGAACUUCAGAAUUUGUAUCUCCUCUUCCUAUAUUGCCUCAGAAGAAGCAAAAGCUCAAUUCCUCUUUUUCAAAUCACUCAAAAUCAAAUUUAAAGGCUGAGGGAAAAAUUCCAAAUUCAACAACUUCUACUGCAAAACGAGAUGCUGAAUCGCUCAAAUCUUCAUCUGCAGAUUAUAGAGCUGAUAAUUAUGAGGUGCUUGCAUGCUUUGAUUAUGUGGACCUAAUUUUAAAUAUGGAACCAUUUGAGUGUCAGAUCUGUUCCUUGAAUAUACCCAUUGAUGAAGGAGUUAUUCUUCAUGAUUGUCUCCAUAACUUUUGCAAGCUGUGUCUUGCUUCUAUUAUACAAGAUUCUAUAACAGCCCUGGUUAAAUGUCCAUAUAAUGGAGAAUAUGCUUGUGGAAGUUAUCUCCAAGAACGAGAAAUUAAAUCUCUGGUUCCAAAUGAAAUAUUUAAAAAAUCUCAUCAAAAAAGCAUAUAUCAAUCAGAAAGACAAUCACGUGGUAGAUUUCAUUGCAAAACAAUCAAUUGCCCUGGGUGGUGUUUGUACGAAGAUGGUGUAAACUUUUUUCUGUGUCCAGUUUGCAAAAAAACUAAUUGUCUCAUCUGUGCAACUAUUCAUGUAGGAGAGAACUGCGAAGAGUAUCAAGGUUAUUUUGCUUUUAAUUCUGAUACUGACGAGGAAGCAGAGAGAAUUGAAAAACACUUGGAAGCUAAAUUUCCCAGAACAAGAACAGAUAAUGGAACCCAUGAGUAUGAGAUGCUAGCAUGCUUGGAUUUUGAAGAUCUUGUUUUAAAUACAGAACCUUUUGAGUGCCAGAUAUGCUUUGAAAUUAUUGUGAGAGAUGAAGGAGUUAUUCUUCAUGAUUGUCUUCAUAGCUUUUGCAAGCGAUGUCUUGCCACACUCAUUGAGUUUUCUGAAACAGCAUUAGUUAGAUGUCCAUAUAAUGAUGAGUAUGCUUGUGGAAGCAAUCUUCAAGAUCGAGAAGUUAAAUCUCUAGUCACAAAGGAAAUAUUUGAAAAAUAUCUCCAAAAGAGUUUAAAUCUUGCUGAAACUCAAGCUGAGGAUAGUUUUCAUUGCAAAACAGUUGAUUGCCCUGGAUGGUGUUUGUAUGAAGAUAGUGUAAACUUUUUUCUAUGUUCAGUCUGUGGAAAAACCAAUUGUCUUACCUGUGCAGCAAUUCAUGAAGGACAGAACUGUCAGCAGUAUCAAGAUUUUGUUACUUUUAAUUCUGAAACUGAUAAGGAAGCAAAAAGAACUAAAAAAUAUUUGGAAAAAUUGUUAAAAAAGCAAAAGGCAAAAAGGUGUCCUAAAUGUCAGAUAAUUAUUAUCAAAAAAGGUGGCUGUGAUCAUAUGGUAUGCAGUAUGUGCUCUGAAGAUUUUUCCUGGAGUGGGAAAGAGAUCGAGUAUGAAUAUGAGGAAAUUGAAAUUGAGUUCCUUGGGUCAUUUGAGGAAAUCCUGGAUACUUAAUCAUCCUCAGGAAAAACAUUUUUCAACAAGAUUACCAAGAUGACCUCAAACAGGAAAUACAUUCCAUUUAAGUCCUUGAUGUGCAGAAAAAACAAACAUCCUAAUUUAUUUUUCAUGUGUGUGUGUCCAAUGUCCAGUUUGUAAUAAGAUCAUUGUUUUUACUGAUUCCUAGGCUGUAAUAUUAUGUAGUGUUAGUUCAACUCUGUUGUGUACACCCACUAAUGGGUUGGCAAGCCCAUCAUGAAACUCCUUUGUUGUUUUGGAGGAGCCAAUGAAGCAAACACCCAUAUCACACAUAUGAAUAAUUUUUUUGAAAAAUAGUGAGAAAUGUAGGGAGAAAAAUGUUUUUAUUCAUAUUUUUGCUUAUCAAAGUAUAUUUGUAUAACCUGGAGAAUCAGGAGAAGUUAAGGAAUUUAACAUUUUUCAGCCAAAAUCUGGAAAAGUCAGAGAGCUUGAUUUGGCGACCUUUGUGAUUUGGCUAGAGCCAAAUUUCACAGAACCAUAGCAUGCUGUGUUCUUGUGAUUUAAGAAACUUUCAAUUGAGAAAGCGUUUAGGUAGCUAGAAUCCAUAACUGGUAGAAGGAUGGAUAUACUUCAGAUUGUCUAUUCUUAUUUUUUAUUAAAAAAUUUAUUGGGAUAAAUAGGGUUUAAUUUUCUCUUAUUAAUGUUUUUUAUUGAUAAUUUUCUUAAUCCUCUAUCGCCAAGGUUUGAAAUAAUGAAUUCAAUUAAAUUCAUUAUUAAGAGCUCUUGGGAUGCAUGGGAAUUGCUGUUCCACUUGAAAAUUGUAAUGCUAUACUAUAAUAUUCUGAGAUCGAUCCAGGUUGUAAUUUUAGGGCCUAUUUUUGUAAAAAAUAGUAAUUAGUAUUUAUUUUUCUAAAAAUUGAUGAACGUUUAGUUUUACCAGUAACUAUUUUUUAUUCAUUUUUUUCAAGUCCACGUGUUUGUCCGAUCGUUUCUCAGCUGCUUCCAUAUGGUUUUUCAAAUUUGAUUCCUAUACAUUUAAUACAUUGUUACGACAUGAGAAUUUCAAAUUUGAGCUGUCACUUUUUCUGAAACGUUCAAUUUGUGACGAUUCCAUCAUAAUUUUACGUCAUUAGUUGAUUGUUCAUCAGCAUUUAUUAAUAAUUUUUUCGGCUCCUUUAACAAGGUUUUUCUUUUUCCGAUAUGUUAUUACUACUUUUUGAUUUUGCAACAUCACUUUUUGUCACGGUCAGUUUGAUGAUAGUUUUCAUAAGUUAUUAAUCAUAUUUUCGAUUCUGUAGACCUAGCUUUUCAAAUUCAGGUAUUAUUAUUAUGGUGUUAUAUUGCAAUGUGCGAAUUUCAAUUUCCAGUUAUCACUUUCUGACGUGUUCGAUUCAUUACGUUUUAAUCAAUCUUAAUGUCAUGAUGCUUGGUAAUAGUUUUCUCGGCAGUCGACCCUUUUUACAUAGUUUUUCAAAUUCUCACUACUUCGUUUGAAUUUGAUGCAAUUCGUGAUUAAUUCUAUCAUAACUUCGCCACGUUUAAGGAUAAUUUUUCGUUUUUCAUUCACCAUUUUUUAGCUUUUUCCACAAAGUUUUCCAAACUCCGAUAUUAUUAAUAUGCAAAUAUCGAAUUUGAUUUCAGAUGCAUUCGAUUCCUGAUGAUGCUGUCGUAAAAUCACGUUUCCAAUUGUUAAUCUAUGUUCUAAUGUUUUUAAUGCUCUAAUGUUUUAAAUGCUUAUAAUCUUUUUAUGUUAGAUGUUAAUCUAUGUUCAAUAUUUAUUCUCUCAGUAUACUUGCAUGGGGUGUUUAAAUGCUCCAGCAAAUGAUAUAAGUAUCAAGUGCUGCUGCUAAAGUUAAAAUAAAAAAUUAUUAUCGAAUCUGGUGAAAGCUUAGAUAAACUAAGUUUACUUUUUGUUUAAUUUGCAUUACAUAUUAGUAGCAAGUUAAUCUUUAAUAAUUAUGUUUUUUUAUUUAAGUGGGAAUAUUUAUUUUAAUUUCAUCUCUUCAUAGAAAAAUAGCAUUUUGUUUUAAUUUACAUGAUUCAAGAUGCAUCUUUUUUUUCUUUAAAAUUUCACUUUUAUUCAUUUUUGCAUUGUUCAAAUCAUACAGGUACAAAGUAUGAAAUUAAACUAAACAGGAAUAUAAAAUUAAACAAAAAUUAAUCAAGGGUUUUUCGUCAGAAGCAUCUGCCAUUGACUGCCAAAUUGCAGAAUUUGAGCAAAAAUUAUUUAUUGUGUUGACUUAGUGAGACAAAAUGUUAUUAUUUUUAAAAAUAUUUUUUUCCUCUUAUAUAUGAUAUAUUUCUUUUGUCUUUUCCACCAUUUUUUUCUCUGUAUCGUGGUGUGUUAUAUUUUUUUAAUUGAAAUUUAAUAUGCAGUAUAAUGUAUAAAUUAUUAAUAUAAAUUUUUUGUGGUUCACUUUAUAUUUUGACCACAGCACUGUCUGUAUCUACUGGGAUUUCAGACUGGGAUUUUUUAAAAAUAUGUCUGGAAAACCUGGAAAAGACAGGGAAUUUUGUUCAUCUAUUUAAGGAGCAACCCUGCAUAUUCUACAUGGUAUCUGAAAUUUCAUUGAUUUACAAUUUGUUUCGGUGAAUGGGUUUCUUCAUAGAAGAUCCUCUUGAGGUGACCUAUUUUAGAGCUUGUUGAUUCAAAUCAUUGUACAAUACAGCUGAAAAAUCUCCCAAAUUUCAAUAUACUAUUUUUAAAUAACAAUUUAACUCUUUAAAUGAGAAUUUUUACAUUUUAAAGGAAUUUACAUAAAUUUGUACUGAUAUAUAUUUAUUGAUGGAAUCUUUUUUUUUAACAUGUAAUUAGUGGAUAGGUUUAAAAUGUUGACUUGCACCUUUAUCUGCUGUAAUAAGUACAGUGACUAUUUGAUCUGUAUGUAGAUAAUAGGACCAAAAUGCAUUCCCCUUAUUUUAUUUUAAGUCCAAUAUUUAGGUAUAUAAUUUUCUGACUUUUAUUUCUAAAUUUUGUAUUAUUGUGAGUUAUGAUAUUUUUAACUAUACCUUCUUUGUUUACAAGAUGUUUUUGGUUUUCUUCUUUCCUAAGGAUUCCAAACAAACUCGUGUUUUACUUUGUUAUUCUGGCUUUAUCAAUUCAUAGCCAUUAUCUCUUUCUAACUUUUUAUUAACCUUUUAAAAGUAGUAAACUUUUUGAAUCUAUUUCAAUGCAUUUCUAUUGAAUAUUCUUAAUUUAGUUUUGAGUGAGAUAAUUUUUGUUCUUCCAAAAUUGUUUAGGAGAGAAAAAUAAUUUGAUAACAACGUCACUAGUUUCUCCCUCGCUACAGUCUAUAUAUGUGAAGAUACAGUAAGUACAAAAUAUGUGAAGUAAUUAAUUUUUUUUCCUUUUGAUUUAUCUUUAAACCACAUUUUCUUUGCCACUGUGUACAAAAUGUCUGUAUUUGUUUCUAUAUCUUGAAAAGUGUUGUAUUUUACAUAUAGUAAACUUUUUUAAUAUUUGAACAUUGGUUAUUUGACCUAUAAAAAACCUUAGAAUUUCCCUACCAAAUGAUUAAAAGUGUUAAUAUUUUAGUAAUUUAAAUUCUUCAUUUUUCUGGUUAAUUAAAUUAAAAUUGUUAUUCUGAGAAAAUCUAAAUAAUAUUUUUAUUCUAAACUCUAGUUCUUUUUUAUAUGUAAAAGUAUUCAAAGUAAGCAAAGCUUGAUAGAAUAAUAACAAAACAAUUAAAUAAAUGGAAAAAAGGUAUAAUUUCAUGAAUAAUGUAGAUGAAAUCCUUUUAUCUGUUUCUUCUAUUGUCUGAAAAUGUAUAGAUAUUCUAGAGCAAUAGACAAGAUAGUUUGUGGGAACAGAUUUUUAUGGUCUGCUUUUGAAGUCUAUUCAAAGGAAACUACCAAUUGUAUCAUGAAUAAUUACUUGCUUAUAUCUGCAAUGAAACUGUUUAAAGUGGUCUAUCAAAGUCAGCCCUUUCAGAUUUAUGUCAAUAAAUUAAGGUUAAAUUGACUACCAAAUUGGCCUAGUUAAUGCUUACACUUUGAAGCUAAAAAGCGAGUUUAUUAGUUAACAUUAUGGAUAUUUGGCAAAGUUACUCCUUUAUGAAAAACAAUAGAACAUUGUUUGAAAUAAUUUGUUUAUGAUUGAUAAAACAAUAUUGCUGUGAAAAAACAAAUUUUAUUCGUUGAAUUUUCAAAGACAAAAUGUGAUUGUUGAAAAGUUAUAUGUUGGUAUUAUAUGUAUUGUAAAAAUGGAACAUUGUUGAAAAUCAUUUGUUUAUAAUCUAUAGAUUGUUGUUAAGAAACCAAAAUUUUACACUUUGAGGUUUCAAAAAAACGUUUGUUGUAUUUAAAUGUUGUGGUAACUUAGCAGAGAAUGGAUUUACAAGAGAAUGGAUUAAUGUUUAAAUCAUUUGCUUGUGAUAAAGAAAAAAUGUUGCUGUGUAAAAACCUAAAUUUUACACUUUAAAGUUUCAAAGAAAAUGUUGAAUUUAUCUGUUUUGGUAAUAUACAUACUUUUCAGAGUUACACCAUUACAAAGAAAUAGAAUAAUAUUUAAAAGUAUUUGCUUAUAAAAAAAAUUGUUGCUGUGAAAAAACCCAAAUUUUACACUUUGCGGUUUCAAAAGAAAAAUUGAAUUUAUAUGUUGUGGUAUUAUAUGUAUUUUACAGAGUUACGCUAUUACAGAGGAAUUAAAUCUUAUUUAAAAUCAUUUGUUUAUGAUAAAAAAGAAAUGUUUCUUUGAAGAAAACCUUAAUUUUAUUCUUUGAGGUAUCAAAGAAAAAAAGUUAAUGUUGAAAAGUUAUUUGUUGGUAUUGCAUGUAUUUUCAGUAACACCAAUUCCAAAAAAAAACGGAGUGCUGUUUAUCAUUUGUUUAUGAUAAAAAAAAUUUGCUGUGAAGAAACCUUAAUUUUUCUCUUUGAGAUUUCAAAGAAUAAAAUUGGAUUUGUAUGAUGUGGUAUUAUGUGCAUUUUGCAUAGUUACACCAUUACAGAGAAAUGGAACCUCAUUUAAAAUCUUUUGUUUGUGAUGAAAAAAAUGUUGCUGAGAAGAGAAACCUAAAUUUUAUUCUAUGAGGUUUCAAAGAAAAAAAGUGAAUUUAUAUGCUGGUAUUACAUUGAAACCUGUCGAGUUGAUCACCUCUCUAAGUUGACCACUUUUUUAAAAAAAACUAAAUUCGUAAUAUUCAAUAAAAAGGACCAAAACCUUUAUAACAUGACCACUUGUCUAUGUUUUCUGCUAAAAUAAGUCAAAUUUGUCUGGGAGUGUUAGUGAAUGUUUUUCUAAACUAACGGUUCUCAAGUGGUGUUCUGUUGAGCCGAAGAGUUCUGUUUAGUGUUAAAGGAGUUCCGUAAAUUAGGAAUUUUGUUUAACCUGUAAGGAUUUUUGAAAACUUUAAUUAUAUUUAAAUCCAAUCAAUAAUCCAUUAUACCAGCUGAACAACACUACAAAAUCGCGCACAAAGUUGUCAGACAAAUAACACAAAUAAUGAAGGAAAAUGAUUCCACUGUUUUUUAGUUAUUUAUUAUUUGUUGCCCUCCUCAGUGGCUUUAGGUAAAUUGAUUAAGCCAAACGCAUUUCUAAUUGUUCAUUCCAUCAAAAUAAAGACUAACUAUAUUCAGCAUCAUCUGGCUAAAGGCAACUUAUGAUAUUAUAAUUUACCAAAACCAUACUGCUUUCUCGUGUACUUAUAUCUUUGAGCUGUAAGAAAUCUAUCAUAAAAAUGUACAGUAUUGGUGCAGCUGUAAUCGCACCAAAUUCACUCUAAAAUAUGUUGUAUCUAUAUAUUUGGUACCUAUUAAAACUGAACCAAUAACCAUGAUGCCAGUUGUAUCCAAUUACCAAAAUUAAGCAUCAUUGGUGCCAUUAAUAGUAUGAUGAUUCUUAUGAUAUCCUGUAACAAAUAAGUACAUUCUCUCCAGUAAUUUUUCUUUUUAGUUCAUAGCUUAUUUUUUGUUUCAAUUAGUACCUAUUACCAAAAUUAAUUAAUCGUCAUUGACGCAUAUAAUAGUUUGCCGUUAUUUUACGCUCUCUUAACCGAACUGAGUUACAUUUCUCCAUUAAUUUUUGCCUUUUAGUACAUAGCUUAGUAUUUUACUUUAGUUAGUAAUUUACCGAAAUUAAUUAUCAUUGAUUUCAAUGAUAAUAUUGUUUUUUUUAUGCUUAUUCUCAAAUGAAUUAGUUCCACUUCUCCAUUAAUUUUGCUUUUAGGCAUUUAUUUUGUAAUGUGUAAGAAAUGUAUGAACAACAUAGAUAACAAGAUACUAUAUAUAAUGAUGUAAGAAAUGACUAAAGCAAUGUAUUGCAAGUGAUUAACUUAUGCAGGUUUCACUGUAUUAUAUAUAUUUUGCAAUGUUGCAGUAAAGCCCCCCCAAAAAAUGCUGUAAGGAAACCUAAAUUUUAUUCUUGAAAGUUUCAAACAGAUUUAAGUCAGUUCAUAUGUCUGCAUCAUAGAUAUUGUGCAAUAUUACUUUGUUCAGAAAAGAAAAUGGUGCUUUGUAUAAUAUCAUUUGCUUAUGUAACUAUUUUGUGAGAUUACAGAGCUUUUCGAACAAUAUAUUUUAUUGUAACUUGUAUUUACUAUACUUGUAAAGAGAUGUAUGAAUAAAAUUUGAUAUGUGUAAUA